CCCGGCGUGAAAGAACGACAGCGGCCAAGCUAGAUGGUACUUCGACUCGGCAGCUAACGUUGGGGAUUUGCAUUUCCAAAGGAAGUGAUAUCUAUUUAUCUCUUGUGGAGCCAUACUGUACCGACAUGGCUCUUUACGAAUAUGUCACUCAGGAGCAGCUUGCGGGCUUCGACAAAUACAAGUACAGCGCAGUGGACUCGAAUCCCCUCUCUGUCUAUAUCAUGCACCCUUUUUGGAACUUUGUGGUGAAGUUUCUACCAACAUGGUUAGCUCCAAACCUCAUUACAUUUACAGGCUUUAUGUUCCUUGUGUUGAAUUUCCUUAUGUUGGCCUUCUUCGACUUUGACUUCACUGCCUCUGCUGCAGCACAUCAACACGUGCCUAGUUGGGUCUGGGUUGCUGCAGGGAUCUUCAACUUCUUGGCCUAUACACUCGAUGGUGUUGAUGGGAAACAGGCUCGUCGCACCAACUCCUCCACGCCACUAGGGGAGCUGUUUGACCACGGCCUGGACAGUUGGGCCUGCAUCUUCUUUGUCGCUACCGUCUACUCCAUAUUCGGGCGUGGUGAAAGCGGUGUGGGCGUAGCCACACUGUAUUACAUCCUGUGGGUGGUGCUGUUCUCAUUCAUUCUAUCUCACUGGGAGAAAUAUAACACUGGCAUCUUGUUUCUGCCCUGGGGAUACGACAUCAGCCAAGUGACCAUCUCUCUCAUAUUCUUGGUCACUGCCGUGGUCGGCGUGGAAACAUGGUACCAGCCAAUCCUGUGGCAAUUCCUCUAUAGAGACCUUUUCACCUUUAUGAUCAUUGCCUGUUCCUUCACUGUGACCUUACCCAUGAGCCUCUACAACGUCCUGAAAGCUCAUCGCAGUAACACUCUGAAGCACAGCAGCCUGUACGAAGCCUUCCUGCCCUUUCUUUCUCCCGUCCUCCUUUUUGUCUUGUCCACCACUUGGGUGGUCUUUUCUCCAUCCAACAUCCUCGAGCUGCAGCCCAGGAUCUUCUACCUCAUGGUGGGGACAGCCUUCGCUAACGUCACGUGUAAGCUGAUUGUGUGUCAGAUGAGUAACACACGUUGUCAGGCGCUGAGCUGGCUGUUGCUGCCCAUGACACCAGUGGUGAUGUUAGCGGUGACCGGGGUGUUCAACGAGACCCUUCUGCUGUAUCUGUGGACUUCUGCUGUCAUACUAGCACACAUACACUAUGGUGUAUCAGUGGUACAACAGCUCAGUGGCCACUUCAAUAUCCUCGCCUUCUCCCUGAAGAAGUCCAACAGUGACUGACAGGAGGAGGAACGAAUCGGCUUGAAAGAAGCGGAGGUUUAGGCUCCUCCCCUCCUUGGCUUAUCGACACUUCACUCUCAUCACCACGGAAACCACAUCCCCUCCUCUCCAUCCAUGAGGACACUGCAAGUGGAAUGGAUUGUGGCCCUUUGUUCCACUGUCCCCAAACACACACACACAACACACACGUGCGCACACACGUUCCCAACCAACCAAACUUUGGUCUCGGCGACGGGACGGGCCCAGGGGCUGUGGCUUCCGUCAUUGGUUGAGCCAAUGAGGUGCAAUUGUUUCCUACGGAAAUGUGCUUCAGUCAUGAGGACAGGAGCCAUACGAACACACACACACACACACAUGUACAUACAUUAUUCUGCUUUCGUGCAGACAAUUUAUAUCUCGUGGCCGGUAUUUCAAAUACAAACGCAGCCACAACUCCAAAACACACACAAACAGUUGC